CGAUUUUCAGUUUCGACAUUGCGUGCCGCGUCCCGAAAGAAACUUCGGAUCUCUUCGCGGAGGAAUUGAAAGAUCAGCGAAAUUUACGACAAAAGAUCGCGGUUCUGUUCGUCAUUUCGAUCGAAAUUUAUUAUUUCUUUGGAGUACGUGACUUCGCGUCUCAGCGAGAUUUCGGUACGGGGUUCUCGCUUCAUCUGGCGUCCAUCUUCCUCAGAAGGGUCCUUAGAGAGAGAAAGCGAGAGGGAAUUGACUACCCUCUUUCUGAAGGGUGGUUGUUGCGGGUCAUAUAAACCUGGCACGAAGAUUAACCUGAUCAUACGGGGGCCCCCUGCCUUGGAAGCAUCGUCCACACCUGGAAAAAGGCUUAAUGGGCGUUCACGAGGCUGAAGGAAAGGUCACUUUGAGCUGCACCAUGGGCUACGAGCCUGAAAUCACGAACGAGAGGUAUUUGAAGGGGAUCGCCGAUAUCCCAGAGUGUCGAGGACAGAUCAAUCUGGACGUCGAUUACAGAGACUUCCCAGAGGAGAAGAUCUGGAGCCCGAGGGAGGAGGUGAACGAAUGGGUUCCACUUUACGUCUUCAUGGCUCGUUCCGUUCUCACGUUCGUCCAAGAAAAACAUGGUAUCUCCAAUCGAGAAGCCAUGGAGAACUCCUGCACCGGUUACGCGGAACAAUACAUCACCGACAUCCUACACGACUCGGAAUAUAUACCGGAAGUCGCCCUGAAGACCGUCCUCACGAAAGAGUUGCCACGAAAACUGGUAGCGAGAUGGACCAGCGAAGAAAUCGAACUGUUCAUCCAAGGGAUCGUCAGACACGGAAAGAACUUUGCGAAGAUCCAGAAGGAUCUACUGCCCCGGAAGGACACCAAGGAUAUCGUGGACUUCUAUUAUGCAUGGAAAUGGUCAGAGUCGGCGAAGCAGCUGAGGAACUACCGACGUCGACGUCGCCCGACGACCAAGCGACGCGUACCGUCAAUUGGCUGUAUUUUCGGUGAACUAUCGACCCCGAGAAUCGUCACACGCAGCGCGACCGCCGCCUCCAGGAUGUCCUCCCUCCGCAAGACCGAGGAGAGCCAGUUCCUGGACCUUGCAAAGUCCACCAGAAGCUCGAGCUUCGUCACGAAGAGAAAACGAAACUCGCUCGUGAUUCGAUGACGCGAGUUACAGAUAGGGGUAACACCCGUCUUCCAGUCAAUAUUUAAUAGAGGUUCCUAUUUCGCGUACAUCUAAAUACACGGGUACCCAUGUGCUUCUUAAUAAAAAUUUGACAAUUGCAAUGCCACUAUCAAUAAUGGUACAUUUCCUCUGGGUUCAGAGGAUCGUUGUUCUUUAGCAAUCGUACAA